UUACCUGUCUUAAAUUUGCAUAGGUAGGAAAUAAACAUGCACUCUCCUUGCAGUACCCAACCACAGGAUUAACCUUGCACCGAUACAUACACCAUAUAGUCCCACUACACCAUACACACAACACACUCCACCUGCUUUACAAGACUCCACAGGACAGCACAUCAAGAUGAGCUUCGCCGUGAGCAAGUGCCCGCCGGUGAUGGUACGGCCGUCCACCGAGCCGGCACCGGGGAAGACGUCGGCGACGCAAGUGGUGCAGCUCUCCUCGUGGGACAGCAGCUACGUGGGCUUCCAGGUCGCCGCGCUCCUCAUCUUCGACGGCCCCGUGCACCAGCCCGUGGAGGCCGUCAAGAAGGGCCUCUCCCGGGCGCUCGUCCACUACCAGCCAGUCGCCGGCCGCCUCGCCGCCGAGAACGGCGAGGACGGCGGUCUCCUCCACGUCGCGUGCACCGGCGAGGGUGUGCCCUUUGUGGCCGCGUCGGCGGGCUACGCCCUGGAGGACCACGGGCUCCUCGACGCGCCUUUCUCCACGUCCCUCCUGGAUGACCUAGCGGUGUCGUACCCGGCGGGGGCGGAGGGCUGCCGGCGCACCGACCCGCUGCUGCUGAUGCAGGUCACCGAGUUCGCCUGCGGCGGGUUCACCGUCGGCGUCACGUGGAACCACACGCUGGCGGACGGCGACGGCAUGGCGCAGUUCCUGCAGGCCGUUGGCGAGCUCGCCCGCGCUGAAGCCGAUGAUGUCUUGGGGCCAUCCGUUGCACCCGUCAGGGACGGCCGCGCGGUCUCCCUGCCGCUGCUCUCGCCGCCGGUGGUCGCCGCGAAGCAGUGGCUGAUGCUGGACCGCGGAGGCAUGGGCCUCGUCUACCUGGACGUCACCGUCCCGGUCAUGCUCAUCAACCGCAUCAAGUCCGAGUACAAGGCCGCCCACUCCAGCGACGGCGGGUACUGCACGACGUUCGAGGCGGCGGUCGCGGUGCUCUGGCGGUGCCGCACCCGCGCCAUCAUCGGCGAUUACCCGGACUACGACAUGUCCACACCGGCGCCGCUGGCCUUCUUCGUGAACGUGCGCAAGCACGUCGGCGCGGCGGCAGGGUACUACGGAAACUGCGCGGUGGCGCAGCUCGCGUUCGCCACGACCGGAGAGGUGGCCGGCGCCGGGGAUGGCGGCAUGAACGAGGUGGUCGACCUGAUCAAACGUGCUAAGGACCGUGUCCCGGAUCUGCUGCGCACCUUGGGCGCUGGCGGCGGCGCGGUGGAGGACAUGGGGGAGCAGGAGAUGGCUGCCACGUUCGGGUACAACGCGCUCAUGGUCACUAGCUGGCGGAACAUCGGCUUCGACCGCGCCGACUUCGGCGCCGGCGCCCCGGCGAGGGUGGUGGGGCGGUGGCAGCAGUCGACGGUGCCGGGGUGCAUGGCGUUCCUCUCCUGCAGGGCCACGGCGGACCACGGCGAGCGGCUGCUGACGCAGUGCGUCAGGGAAGAGCACGCCGCCGCGUUGCUCGCGGAGCUGGACAAGCUCGCACAUGCACCGUCGGCAACUGAUGUCUGGUGAAUAAUGCUGCAUUUCUGUGAGUGAUUUCUUUUAUGAUGGAAGGUGAACAUCUAUCUAGAACAUUUUCACGUGUUAUUAAGAGAUGAGGAGGUCCGGUCCAUGAAUAAAUAUUCUAUUAAUAGUAGGACCUUAUUCGUGAAUAUUA